UUUCCGGGAGGCGCGGGACAAGAUGGCGGCGCUGACGAUGAACUGUUCGGUCCCGGGGUUCAGUUUCCAGAACUGCCGCAGGAAUGCUUCUAUUGAUGCUCAGAUGUGUAAGCAAGGUUUCCAGGCUCCUGCAGCAAGGAAAACUGGGACUACGAUUGCUGGAGUCAUAUUCAAGGACGGGGUGAUCCUGGGUGCUGAUACAAGAGCAACAGAAGGCACGAUUGUCGCUGAUAAAAACUGCUCCAAAAUACACUACAUCGCCCCCAAUAUUUACUGUUGUGGGGCUGGGACGGCUGCAGACACUGAGAUGACCACUCAGAUGAUCUCCUCUAACCUGGAGCUGCACGGCUUGUCCACCGGCCGACUGCCCCGAGUCGUCACCGCCAACCGCAUGCUCAAGCAGAUGCUGUUCAGAUACCAGGGCUACAUCAGUGCAGCGCUGGUCCUCGGAGGGGUCGACUGUGCUGGCCCCCACCUCUAUAGCAUCUACCCGCAUGGCUCCACUGACAAACUGCCCUACGUGACUAUGGGUUCUGGCUCAUUGGCAGCAAUGGCUGUGUUUGAAGAUCGGUAUAAAGAAGGCCUGGAGGAGAGUGAGGCCAAGCAGCUAGUGCGAGACGCCAUUGCUGCCGGGAUAUUCAAUGACCUGGGGUCAGGGAGUAACGUGGACCUGUGUGUCAUCAAGAAGGACCAGCUGGACUACGUGCGGCCUCACGAGGUGGCCAACAAGAAAGGCGUGCGACAAGGCAGCUACAAGUACAAGCGUGGGACGACAGGCUAUCUGAUGGAGUCCGUCAUUCGGCUGCCGGUGGAUGUGGUGGAUGAGGCUGUGCUUACGAUGGACACCUCCUGAGAACACAGCGUGUCAGCUGGACCUGCAGGCCCCCAUAUCUCAUAGUCUAAUAGUCGUGAGCGGGCACUGAUGUAAGUGGCACCGGUUGUUAAACAAGUUGUUAAAUUAAACAUCUGUUCCGUUUUUACAAAUAAAACUUUUGUCUCCCU